AUGUUCCGUCAAGUGCGCGAGGCCUGGGAUCGCCUUGGGAUCCGAUCCCGAACCGAUCCCCACCAAAACCGAUCCCCCAGCUUCCCUGCACGACUUUUCGUGCACCAGCAGCACCCGCAGCAAAUUCCGCAGCAGCACGAACCGGUACUGCCGCCCGUCGCUCUCCGCCCUCUCGACUGUACGUACACCCGGCAGCAGCAGCAGCAGCAGCAGCAGCAGCAGCAGCAGCAGCAGCAGCGGCGGCGGUUAAGGGCGCAGAGCAGCAGCAGCAGCAGCAGCAGCAGCAGCAGCAGCAGCAGCAGCAGCAGCAGGGCGGCAUGCAAAGGGAAAAAAGGAGCAGCGGGGAGGCUAGCAGCAGCAGCAGCAGCAGCAGCAGCUGCACCGGCAGCACCAGCACCAGCAGCAGCAGCAGCGAUAGCCCGUAUUAGAACUCUCCCAAAGACACUAGCUCUGGCCCAGACUGCAGCUUUCUCUUUUUGCUGCCUUAGCUAUGAAUCCCCCCUAACGCGGCAGCAGCAGCAGCAGCAACAGCAGCAGCAGCAGCAGCAGCAGCAGCAGCGGGGGUUGGGGCUUGGGGCCCCCCAGCAGCAGCAGCAGCAGCUGCAGCAGCAGCUGCACCACCGCGCCCUGCGGGCUCUCAGCAGCAGCAGCAGCAACGCGCGCAGCAGCAGCAGCAGCAGCAGCAGCGCAGCUGCAGCAAAAUCCAGGCGCACAUGGGCGAGUGCACGCAGUGGGGCAAUGGUACCAAGGGCGGGCGCAGCAGCAGCAGCAGCAGCAGCUGCUGCUGCUGCAGCAGCAGCAGCAGCAGGUUUGCCCCUGGGCGUGUUUGCAGCCCCCUCGCACGCGGCGGACAGCUAUGAGGAGCUGCAGCAGCUGCUGCUGCAGCAGCAGCAGCAGCAGCAGCAGCAGCAGCAAAACCUGGGAGAUGAGGGGCCCCAGGGCCUCCCUCUUUGGGCCUCAAAACUUCUUGCUGUUGCCAUUCUAGCAGCAAUUUCUGCUGCUGGUGCUGCUUUUCCUUUUUACCUUAAUGGCAAAGCAGCAGCAAACUCGGAGGGGCCCCUGGGGGCCCCCCUGAGGCCUGGAGACCCCAGAAGCAGCAGCAGCAGCAGCAGCAGCAGCAGCAGCAGCAGACGCAGACGCAAGCGCUCCUGCGUCCAGGCUAUGCUGGUUUUCCUCAACUGCUUCGCAUGCGAUGGCACGCACGAGAGAGAGUCGGUCUCGGACACGAGCUCAGUGGCCGGGAGCGCAGCAGCAGCAGCAGCAGCAGCAGCAGCAGCAGCAGCACUGCCGCACCAAGCCCACCUGCAUGCGCAGCAGCACGGGGCCUGCAGCGAAGCAGCUUAUUGCCCAGAAUGUGAUGACUGCGUGGAGGCCCACACUGCAGCAAACGAGCAGGACCUGGGCUGUUCGCAGCGUGCUGCUGCUGCUGCUGCUGCUGCUGCUGCUGCUGCUGCUGCUGGGUCGGGGGUGGGCAGCGACGGCGGCGCCUCGCAGCAGCAGCUGCUAGCCAAGGGCGGCGUGCCUGCUGCUGCUGCUGCUGCUGCUGCAGCAGCAGCAGCAGCAGCACGGAAAGGCUCGGCUGUGGCACCUGCGCAAGAGAGAGACCGGAGAAGCAGCAACAGCAGCAGCGGCCGCGCGUCGCCGUGUGACGCUGGCUGCGCCUCUCCAGACCACAGCUGUUCUGAUGAGGCGCGUUUGCUGCACAAGCUGCAGCAGCAGCAGCAGCACGAGCAGCAGCAGCAGCAGCAGCACCCGCAUGCAGCAGCAAGAGGAGGCUCUCAGAUUCCUUUGGCUGCCGCUUUGGGGGCCCAUGCUUUUCUUGAGGCGGUGGUUGUGGGAAUGACGCGAACUGCAGCAGAUGUGUGGGUGACUGCGUUGGCCAUAAUGGGCCACAAGGGCGCGGAGGCGGUGGCGCUGGGCUCUGCGUUUUUGAAGGCGCGGCCGCCCCGCUGGCUGCUGCUGACAAGCCUCAGCGCUUUUGUUGCUGCGACUCCUUUGGGAGUUCUCGUGGGCGCGUUUAUAGCGGAGGGAGUCGGCGCCGUCCCGGAGUCUUUUUGCUUCUACAAAUACGUCAUUGGCCCUGCAAACAACAAACAGCAGCAGCAGCAGCAGCAGCAUGAGCAGCAGCAGCAGCAGCAGCAGCAUGAAGAGCAGCAGCAGCAGCAGCAGCACGAACAGCAGCAGCAGCAGCAGGAACAAAUAGAACAACAGCAUCAACAGCUGGGAUCAGAAGGGCAGCAGCAGCAAAAACGACAGCAGCAGCAUUAA